UUCGCGCGCCUGACUUGGGCCAGAAACUCACCAGAGUUUGAGAGAGAAAGAAAGAGAGGACUGCGUAGGCUUCAGACUUGCCUGCAGGAGAAAGAGGAGGAGGAGGAAGGAGGAAGCAGGAGGGCUUGCUCCCUCCCUCCGUGGCGAUGAGCAGCCCCGAUGCGGGAUACGCCAGCAGCAGCGAGGACCCGGCGCAAGGACGGUGCGCGCUCCCUCCGCUCCUGAUGCAGUGCCAGUGGGCCGAGGCCCUGAGCCCGCUCCCCGCCGAGGGACUCAAGGGCAAGGCGGAGGAGCACGACCCCGGGCAGAGGCAGCAGCAGCAGCAGCAGCAACAAGGGGUCCCCGGCCGCGCCAAGGGGGAGGCCCGCAUCCGCCGCCCCAUGAACGCCUUCAUGGUCUGGGCCAAGGACGAGCGCAAGCGCUUGGCCCAGCAGAACCCGGACCUGCACAACGCCGAGCUCAGCAAGAUGCUGGGUCAGUCGUGGCGGGCGCUGAGUCCGGAGGAGAAGCGUCCCUUCGUGGAGGAGGCGGAGCGGCUGCGUCUGCAGCACAUGCGGGACCACCCGCACUACAAGUACCGCCCGAGGCGGAGGAAGCAGGUCAAGCGGCUGAAGCGGGGCGGCGAGGGCGGGGCCGAGGGCGGCGCCGGCGGGGGAGGCUUCCUGGCCGUGGCGCAGCCCCACCACCACGCGCACCACGCCUUGCUGGAGGCCGGCACCGAGGGCCUGGGGCUCGCUUAUGCUGAGCAGCCCGGCUACUCCGCCGCGGGCUUCCACUACCGAGACUGCGCGCCUCUGCCCCUGCCCCACUUCGCGGGCUACAGCCUGCCCACGCCGGAGCCGGACCCGCAGAACGGCGCCUGCGCGGAGCCGGCGUUCCUCCCGCCGCAGCCCGAGGAAGGCGGCUGCCUCUUGGGCCCCUAUGGGUAUCCCACGCCUCCGGGGGCCGAGUAUGCCUGCAACAGCGCCCCUGCCGGCGGGCACGGGAACAACAGCCUCUUCCGGGGGCGCUUCCCGGUCCCGUUGGCCGCCUAUUCCGCCCAGGAGCCCCCGCCUUGUCGCCUGGCCGCCGAGCACCUGCCCGCGCACGACGUGGAGCUGCUGGCCGACGUGGACCGCGCCGAGUUCGAGCAAUACCUCCCCUUCGGCUGCCGGCCCAACGACAUGGCGCUCUCCUACCCAGCCCAGGAAGCCCCCGAGGCGGCUGCCACAGCCAGCGCCUACUACUGCGCAGGCGCGGGGGGUGGAGGGGCUUUCCCGGAACUCUGACUCUGGGGCAGAGCUGGGGCGCCGCAGGGCAAAGGAGCCGACGCCAGGCGGGGGGCGAAAAGCACCGACGGACCUUAUUUAUUGUAAUUUAUUGGCUUGGGGGGUUUAUCAUAGGCAAACUUGGGCCUGCCCUCCAGGUGUUUUGGACUUCAACUCCCACCAUUCCUAACAGCCUCCGGUCCUUUCCUGUAUCAUUAAACUUAUAAACUCUGA